UGCUUAUUCAGGCAUCUGAAAAAGAAAAGCCUUCCAUAGCCUCCCAAAAAAUGAAGAGCACUACCUUGUUCGCUCUCUUUCUACUUUGUGCCCUCACUUCAUCAUACCUACCUUCAGCCACCGCUGAUGUGGUGCUGGACAUGGAUGGUAAUCCUCUUGGAAACGGUUGGCAAAAUGAAUAUUUCAUGUUGCCAGUUACAAGAGGAAGCGGUGGUGGAAUAGCACUAGCUGCAACUGGAAAUGAAAGAUGCCCUGUAACUGUCGUGCAAUCUCACAUUGAGCGCGAUAAGGGGUAUGCGGCAACUUUUAGAGCUCCAUUCCACCUCCCUUUUAUCGCAGAAGGCCUUCCUUUGACGAUUUCAUUCGAUAACUUUGAAGUGUUACCGCGGUGUGUCCCCACUCCUCUUUGGUGGGCUAUUGUGGAUGGUCUAGCUGAAGGACCCGCUGUUAAAAUUGAGUAUAGAGAUAUAGUAGAAGGUUGGUUUAAAAUUCAGAAAGCUUACCCUCUCGGCUAUAAGCUUUUGUUCUGUCCAGUGCCUCUUGAGGAUAGCACAUGUGGGGAUAUUGGGAUUUAUACUGAUGAUAAGGGAUUCAGGCGUUUGGUGGUGACUAAGAACAAACCAUUGGUGGUUCAGUUUCAGAAAUUUGAUCCACUGGCCAAGAAUAAUCUUGUGCUUCCUGCCAUUGAGUGAGAGACAAUUAGUGCAUGACUAAAUCAAUGCUUUGGUUGUAAUUAUUAAAUUAUUGUCUCACUAAAUAAUAUAAUCAAAGCUUAUUAUCCUUCA